GCGGGCGCUCCCCGGCCGCGAGCCUCGUCGAGGGGCCCGUGGUGUGUGCUGCUGCCGGUCUCGCUUCUUCCGGUCCCUCGCGCCGCCCUGCACACCGCUGACCCCGGGCGGCCGCUGCUGGUCGUGAGCCCCCGGGGCCGCGAGCCAGCGGCCGCCGUGAUCCUGCUCCACGGGAUGUUCCAGUCGGCCCGGCUGAUGGCCGGCCCCGCCGAGGCUUUGGUGCGGGGGCUGCCCCACGUGCGCCUGCUGGCCCCGACCGCGCCCACGCGCCCCUGCCUCUUCGGCACCGGCCCGGCCUGGUUCGGCCAGGACGAGGCGGCUGCGCACCGGCAGGCCAAGGAGGCGAUCCUCGAGGUGCGGGAGCUGGCCGCGCGCUGCUGGCCCCUCGAGGAGGCGGGCUGCCUGGCCCGCGUGGUGCUCGCCGGCUUCUCCCAGGGCGGCACGGUGGCCGAGGUGAUCGCCGCGACCUCCGAGCACCGGUUCGCUGGGCUGCUGCUGUUCGGCGCGGGGCUCCCGCCCGGGAGCCAGGGGCCCGAGAUCACUCCCGGGGCCCGCGGGCUGGAGGUGCUCCAGUGCCACGGGGAGCGCGACCGCGUCUGCCCUCUCAGGUGGGCGCGCCAGGGCGCUCGCCGUCUGCGCCAGUGCGGGGCGCGGGCGCGCUUCUCGCGCCACCGCGGCGUGGGGCACACCAUCCCGGACGAGAUGGCGGCGGAGGCCCGCGCGUGGCUGCGGCGGCGUCUGCCGGACCCGCUGUGCGGUGUGGGCGGCCGCGGCGGCAGCGGUGCCGCGGUCUGCGCGCGGAGCCGCAGCAGCAGGAGCGGCAGCAGCUGCGGCAGCAGCUGCGGCAGCAGCCGGGACAGCCUCGGCAGCAGCGGCAGCAGCCGUGACGGCGGCUUUGGCGGCCUGGCAGUGAGCGAGGUGCCGAGGAGACCUCGUGCAGGGCCCCCUCGGAGGCGGGUGGACGCGGGCUCCGCCGAGCGCGCGGGCGACAGGGGCGCGCUCGAGAGGACGGUGGGGCUGGUCAUCCGGGAGGCUGGUGGAUUUGGCCCAGGCGGUCCGCGGGAGCCGAACUGGGUGGUGGAGGACAUCGAGCUCGAGCCCCCGCCCGCCUCCUUCUGCGGCGUGCGCCUCGGCGACAGUGGCGACGAGGGCGACGCGGGCCGCUGGCCACGACGGCGGGCCGCGCAGGCGGCUACCCGCCCCGCCGCACCGCGGCCCCGGGGCGCGGCGGCGACGCUGACGCCCGUGGGCUGCUCCAGUGCGCCGCUGAGACCGACUGACGCUGACGCCGCUGACGCCGCUGACGCCGACGCCGUGCGCGCCAGCGUCGGCGGCGCUGCGCCACCGCCAGGAGAGGCCCCGCUGCAGCUCGCGGCUGCGCGCGGCGACGCCGUGGAGGUCAAACGCCUGCUGCGGCAGCGCGCCGACCCCGACGCGCGCGCGGGAUCCUUCGGGGAGCCUCCCCUGCUCGGCGCCGUGCGCGCUGGCAGCCCAGCGGUGGCGGCGCUGUUGCUGCUCGGCAGGUGCGACCCGCGCGCC